AUGUUUGGAUACCUUAAACGUUCACUUGACGUUGUUAAAGAACAAGGCUCGAAAAUUGCUAAAGCGAACGCUUUCGAAUGGGAAAAAGAACAAAUCCUAUUAAAACUGAAUUGCAAAGAAGACUUAAAAGAAUGGGUUACUGGAUGUGAUAAGGAUAUUGGUGGAAAUUCAAAAGCAAAUUUAGAAAUUAGUCCAGAAGGAUUUGGAAAAUUCUCUGGUGAGAUUUCACUAGAUUUACCUAAAAACAAUCCUAUUAUAAAAAGAAGCGGUUAUGCAGCUAUCAGAUCAGCGAGUCGUGGAUCACUCUUCGGCCUUAAAGUUUGGGAUACUACAUUAUUCCGGUAUCUAACAUUACGAGUCAAAGGAAAUGAUGAUAAAAAAUAUUUUGUAAACAUACAAACUGAUGGACCAAUUCCGACAGAUUUAUAUCAACAUCGAUUAUAUUUGAGAAACAUUGGAAUCAUACAAGAUCCUCAAGUAAUAAUGUAUAGAGAAAAGGUUCGCACCAUUGGAAUUUCAUUAUUGAGUCAACCUGGUCAUUUUUGUUUAGAAAUUGAUUGGAUAAAAAUGAUGAAUACUGAAACUACAUUUGGUGAUUAUGACUUAUGA